UUUUAAAUAAUCUUCGAAACAAAAAGAUUUACACUCGAGCGCUUUUUAAAAGAAAAAGCUAAAAUGGAUUCACAAUCGUCGAUGGAUCUCAUAACUGAGGAUGAAGCAGAAUUAUAUGACAGACAAAUACGUCUUUGGGGUCUGGAUGCACAGAGAAGGUUAAGAGCUGCCAGUGUUCUUCUAAUUGGAUUGAAAGGUUUAGGAGCAGAAGUUGCCAAAAAUAUUAUUCUUUCUGGAAUUAAAGCUAUAACAUUAAUGGAUCAUAAUCCAGUGGAUGAAGAAGACCAGAUGUCUCAGUUCUUUGUGUCUACUGUAGCACCAGGACAAAAUAGAGCAGAAGCUAGCGCAAGCAAUGCACAACUGUUAAACCCAAUGGUGACAGUUACCACAGAUACAAACAACCCCGCUGGAAAGGAUGACAAUUUCUUUAAAGAGUUUGAUGUCAUCUGUGCGACUUGUUGCCCACCCUCUUUGCUCUGCCGUCUAGAUAAGCUCUGCUUUGAAAAUAACAUUAAAUUCUUUGCUGGUGACGUGUACGGAUAUUAUGGUUUCACUUUCUCUGACCUGGGAACUCAUGAAUAUUUACACGAAGAGGUGAAGGUUUUGAAACCCAAGGAAGGUGAAGGACAGUCAAAGACAACAGAAAAAACAAUAACAUCAAAAGAGAAAAUUGUCUUCACCCGACUUGAAGAUGAAUUACAGUUUGACUGGACAGCUGAUACACCUGCCAUGCAGAAGAAAAUACGUCAGACACCAUCCACAUUUUUCAUUACCAGAGUUUACCAAGAGUUUUUAGAAGUGCAUGGUCGACGCCCUUGUAUCUCAUCUCUUGAAGCUGACACUAAAGAAUUACAAAAUAUACGCCUACAGCUUUUAAAUAAAUUAGGUGUUCCUGCCAAAGUUAUUCCAGAAGACUUUUACAAGUAUGGUUUUGGUGAACUGAGUCCAGUUUGUGCAAUAGUUGGUGGUAUCCUUGGUCAAGAAAUCAUUAAGGCUGUUUCACAAAAAGAUGCUCCCCUGAACAAUUUCUUUUUUUACAACGGAGUGACAGAUGAUGGCUUGGUGGAUAAAAUUACAUUAUAACCUUUAAUGUUGAUCAUUAUUACAAAAGUACAUGUUGUCUGUUUUGUUGACAUUUCUUGAGCAUUCGUAACUGGCUUAAAAUCAUUUAUUUUUUUUGUAUCAUUUUGUUUUUAUACAACCAUCAUGUUAGUAUAUGAAAAAAACAAUUUUACAAAUUUAUGUACCUACACUAGUACCUCCAUUUUUUUGGUUUAUUGAUAAGUUGGUAUUAAAAAUAUUUUUCUCCAAAAAAA